UACUACUCUUGGUGGAGGAUUGAAAUGCCAUCUUGAUUAAUUGUGUUGUCAAUUUCUCAACCUUUGAAAUUUAAUUAACUAGUUAGUAUUUUAUUACCAAUAUGGCGCAUAAUCUUGCCAUCCUUUCCACAGCUCUCCUUGUGAUUAUUGCUGCUCAUUCUUUGUGUUCUACAAAAAUUUAUAAUGUGAUGGCCCAAGAAGAUCAUAAUGUACUAGAACUAGCAACUAAACUAUACCAAGAAGAUCCAUAUUGUGGGGAACCUUGUACAACGAUGGCUAAUUGCUCUACUAAUUUGUACUGUCAGGCGUGUUCAAAUAACACCUGUGAGCUAUUUAUUGGCGAUGCCAUCGGCCAAGGCAUGUGAUUUCACUAUGAGUAUAGCAUCUAAUACCCCUAAUUAUAACCAAAUUUGUUACAACACAUUCUAAUUUCACGGGAGUCCUAUUACUUCUGAACUAAACUUUAGUGUGUUUUUGUCAACCUUUUUAGCUGACGUGAGCCCCAUUUUAUGUAAUAAUGAUUCCACAUCAGCACAAAAGGGUGACAAAAAUACAUUAAAAUGAAGUUCAGGGGCUUAAUAGGACCCCAAUGAAGUUGGAGUAUGUCGUAGCAACUUUGUUCAUAAUUCGACGGUGUGCUGGAUGCUUAUCUCUAUUUCAGUAUUAUAUUUUUCUGUUUAUGAUGUGCGUUACUUGAGCCUAGGAUUUGCUACUCUAUCCAGAUCGCAAUUAUAUAUAGAAUUAUAACAAUUAUGUUGUCGUUGUUGUUGUUUUGUUCUUCUUUUUGAUAUUUAGUCACUUGUAAGAUAAACAAGUGAUGGAAGUGUUGUUUAAAUGGGCCAUGUAAUGCGAUUUCAGUAUUAUCUAUUAUCAUGUGUGUUUGUGCUUCUUUUCAA